CUGUUGCCAAACUGUCGCACCUAAGAUCGGCUCAGUAAAAUAAACAGAGAACACUUCCGAAAAAGUGCACUCUUUACUGUCCGCGCAAGGAUACAGCGAUCGGCUGCUAUGGAGGCCCGAGUGGCGGACUGUUCGUUUUGUUGAGGGUCAGUGAGUGCGGAUAGCAGAGGGAUAUUUUUUUGAGCACAUUUCGGAUUAAAAUCACGUGUGUGCCAAGGAAGGGGGGGUCGCUCCUCUUCCAGAGGGGGGAUGAAGAUGCUAGGACGAUGGAUUCUUAUAGCCGGCAUAAUCCACAUAAUUUACCUGAGUCUUACUGAAGCAGCGGCAUGCAAAGGAUGUGUUGUUCAACCAUGUAUAUGUGUAGGAGAGAAAGGUCCAAUUGGUCCACUAGGAAUAGUGGGUCUACCGGGAGCCCCUGGCCAUCCAGGGCCAAUAGGACCGGAAGGUCCACCUGGAAAAAGAGGAAGACCUGGAGAUAUCGGAUAUCCAGGGGCAGAUGGACCAAGAGGCAUCAGAGGUGAGGAAGGUAUGCCUGGUUUUGAAGGUACUCCUGGAAUUCCCGGCUCACCUGGACAAGAUGGUAAGAUCGGAGACCCAGGAUAUCCUGGUUGCAAUGGCACUGAUGGGCGUCCAGGUCCACCCGGAAUUCCAGGAAAUCGAGGACCUCCAGGUCGAGAUGGACCACCAGGUAGAGAUGGGCCAAAGGGAGAUCCUGGUGAAGGCGGCAUCAACUCAAUUGGUAUAAGAGGUGAGCCAGGAGAGUCGGGACAACCUGGAUAUCCGGGCUUGCCUGGGUAUCCUGGGAUACCGGGACAAAAAGGAGUAAUGGGAGACCCUGGACCAUAUGGACUUCCGGGUUAUUCCGGAGACAUUGGAUUUCCUGGACCGCCUGGUGAAGGAGUUAGAGGUCAAAAAGGACAAAAAGGAGAACCAGGAUCUAUUGGUGACAUCGGAAGACCUGGACCAGACCCCGAACAGAGAAGACCAGAUGAUGAAACCACCUAUCCAGUCCCUGGACCUCCUGGAGAAAAGGGCGAAAAAGGAGCAGACGGGCUGAGAGGAUUUGAUGGAAGAAAUGGCGCAAUGGGACCGAAAGGACAAAAAGGCCCAGACGGUGAUAAAGGAGAAAGAGGUGACCCUGGACCACCAGGAAAAAGAGGUAGAACUGGAUUUCCUGGACCUACAGGUGAGAAAGGCCAAAAAGGACAUCCAGGACUGACUGGAACUGAUGGUCGACCUGGAGUUAAGGGGCCUCGAGGUGAUUUUGGUCCUGCAGGUCCACCUGGUCCACAAGGUCCAAUGGGUCCACCAGGACCAAUAGUAGAAUUUGGAAAACCAAUCCCUGGUCCGCAAGGGUUUCAAGGUGAACCAGGUGACAGGGGAUUACCUGGCCGACCUGGCAAGCCUGGAAUUCCCGGUGCUGUUGGCUUCCGAGGAGCUCCCGGAUUACCAGGACAACCAGGAAUACCAGGAGAAACUGGACCUCUUGGCAUGAGCUUCAAAGGAGAGCCUGGGGAGGACGGUAUAAAUGGAUUACCUGGAAGACCUGGAUCACCAGGAUUUCCUGGACUUCAGGGUCCGCUUGGGUCGAAAGGGGAACAAGGAAUAAAUGCAACUGGACCGCCAGGAUUACCAGGAAGACCUGGAUUUGAUGGAAAUCCAGGAUUACCGGGACCUAUUGGAGAUCAAGGACCAGCAGGUGACAAGGGCUAUCCUGGCUAUGGACAGCGUAUUGUUGGACCGCCAGGUGAACCUGGUAGGCCCGGAUUUCCGGGAGAGCCUGGUGAUGCUGGUCUACCAGGGCGUGAUGGCUACCCUGGAGCGAGAGGACCGAAGGGAGAUGACUGCGGAGUGUGCAGACCAGGAUAUCCAGGGGUCAAGGGUGAUAGAGGGGAUGAUGGAAGACCAGGUCAAAGAGGUCCCCAUGGCUAUCCUGGAUACCGCGGCCCAUCUGGACCGAAAGGAAAACCUGGUUUCCCUGGAAUACCUGGAUUUAAAGGGGCACCUGGUCUUAGAGGCUUAGAUGGCAGUGAGGGAUCUCCAGGAUUUCCAGGUGAACCCGGAGAUUUGAUACUACCCCCAGGAACGAAAGGUCGCAAAGGGCUAGCCGGGGAUCAAGGAUACCAGGGCGCACCCGGAUUCGAUGGAGCACCGGGACUUCGAGGAGAAGAUGGCUUUCCAGGAUUUCAAGGAAGAAAAGGAGAACCGGGAGACGACGGAGAUCCAGGAUACCCAGGUUUUGAAGGAAUACCCGGAACACCAGGGGAAGAAGGUCACAAAGGAGAACAAGGCGACACAUCUUAUGGUUUUCCAGGACGGAAAGGAGAAAGGGGAUAUUCCGGCCGGCGUGGCUUUAAUGGACCAAAAGGGAAAAAAGGUGAUCCUGGAGAUGCUUUUGAUGCCCGAAAUGUUACAUGGGUAAAAGGAUAUAUUGGACCACCUGGUGAACGUGGUCUUCCGGGAAUACCAGGGAGACCAGGAAAAGAAGGAACACCAGGAAUAGAUGGCAGACCAGGAUUUCCAGGGUCAAAAGGUCCAAAAGGAGAUGCAGGUUUCCCAGGUGUGAUAGUAAGAGGGCCAGAAGGUCUAAAGGGUUAUCCGGGAAUACCAGGAGCCGCUGGAAUUGACGGACCACCAGGACCUAAAGGGCCUCGCGGAGAAAAUGGCCAGUAUGGAUUACCUGGUAUAAAAGGGGACAGUGGUGAACCCGGGGACGACUUAUUCGGUGGUUAUCCAGGAUUGCCAGGGCAGCCAGGCCUUAAGGGCGAAAGGGGUAACUUGGGACUUCCUGGAAGACCAGGAUUUGCUGGAGAAGUAGGAUCGCCUGGAGAUCAAGGUUUGAAAGGUUUGCCAGGUCUUCCUGGAUUUUACGGUGCAGAUGGACCAAAAGGCGAGCCUGGUGAUACUGGACCAGGAACCAAAGGUGAACCUGGAUUCCCUGGUCCACCGGGAUUACCAGGUUUCCCUGGUGAUAAAGGUGAAAGAGGAUUUGAUGGUGGCCCUGGCUAUCCUGGCUUGAAAGGCGAAAGGGGCGAAUCUGGUUUAGAUGGUGUUAGAGGCCCACCUGGACCUGUAGGAUUACCUGGCCCAUCGGGUAGACCUGGAAAAUAUGGUUUAGAUGGAUUCACUGGGCCUAAAGGUGAGAUUGGGGAUGCUGGAUUUCCUGGAGCUCCCGGGUCGCCAGGUUUGCGAGGAAAACCUGGAUUUCCAGGACAGAAAGGAGCUGCAGGUGACGUUGGAAAUAGAGGUUUACCAGGACGACCUGGAAUAGCAGGAUUUCCGGGUGAAAUUGGUGAUCCCGGUUUCCCAGGGACACCUGGACCUAAGGGAGAACCAUCGUUUUACAGUCAGAAAGGAGAACCAGGACAACCUGGUUUCCCAGGUCCUAAAGGAACGACUGGAUUUCCUGGAUUGUCUGGAUUGCCUGGACCCAAAGGUGAACGUGGACGACCUGGAUUUGUAUACCCCGGUCCUCCUGCACCGAAAGGACAAAGAGGACCUCCCGGUUUCCCCGGUCCAGGUGGAUUUCCCGGACCCAAAGGAAUGGCUGGACCACCUGGAAGACCUGGCUCACCGGGAAUAAAAGGAGAUCCUGGAUUUCCAGGCCCCAAUGGUAUACCUGGACCAUCAGGAAUUCCAGGUUUGCCAGGUCCUAAAGGAGAGGAAGGGGAUACAGGACCUUAUGGCCCGCCUGGAAUUAAGGGAGAUAGAGGGCCGGAAGGUUUCCAGGGCCUUCCAGGUAUAAAGGGUGAUGCUGGAUAUCCAGGAUUGCCUGGACUUUCUGGCCGUCCUGGACCGAAAGGGCAAAGAGGAGACUUCGGCCCUAAAGGAAUUCCGUCUUUUGAAUUCAGCAAAGGACCACCAGGUGAACCGGGUUAUUUUGGGGAAAGAGGACUUCCUGGGCCUAAAGGUGAUGACGGUUUUAAUGGCUUUCCAGGUAAAAAAGGAGAAAUAGGUGAUUCAGGAUUCCCUGGAAGACGUGGACAACCUGGAUUCAGUGGAGAAAAGGGCUCAAGAGGUAGAGAUGGACCACCUGGGGAAGAAGGUGUUCCUGGUUCUUCUGGCAUAAAAGGAGAACUCGGUGAAGAAGGUAUCCCAGGUUCACCUGGAAGACCAGGGGCUCCAGGUUUCAAAGGAGAACCUGGUGAGCCAGGAAGGCCAGGUUUUGCUGGCAGGAAGGGAGAACCUGGAUAUUCAGUUCCUGGAAGACCCGGAGCAAAAGGAGACAGAGGAGCACCUGGUCCACCAGGCAUCGGAGGUCUUCAAGGUGCGAGAGGGUACCGAGGAGAUGUUGGUAUCCCAGGAUUACCUGGAUCGCCGGGUGAUAGAGGACGACCUGGAUUCGCAACUCCGGGUCCUCCAGGACCAGAUGGUUUACCUGGUAUUGAAGGAUCUAGAGGCCGGCCGGGAGAAAAAGGUGACAGGGGAAGAGAUGGAUUUCCCGGACCUAUUGGUGUUAAAGGAUUACCGGGAGAUCCUGGUGUACCAGGAUCAAGUGGACCGAGAGGUCCCAAAGGCUUCCCAGGCUGGAAAGGAGAGCCGGGCGAUCCAGUUCCACUCAACUCAACCCAACCUAUACCUGGAAUACCAGGGGAUAGAGGAUUACCAGGGAUACCAGGGCCAUUAGGGGAGCGUGGACCAAUGGGAGAUCCUGGUUUAGAUGGCUUGCCAGGACCAAUAGGUAAUCCUGGAUACCCAGGACCGGACGGAUAUCCUGGUCCAGCAGGACCAAAAGGAGCUCUGGGUGACAGAGGAAUAGAUGGAUACAGAGGUUUUCCAGGACUGACAGGUCAACCAGGCUUUGCAGGAGAACCAGGAUAUCCGGGUUCGCCAGCUCCAUCCAGAGGAUUCUUCUAUACUCGUCACAGUCAGACAACAAUUGUCCCAGAAUGCCCUGGAGGCACAACACUUAUGUGGAGUGGAUUCUCCUUGCUUUACAUCCAAGGCAACGAAAGGGCUCAUGGUCAAGAUCUUGGCAGUCCAGGCAGUUGUUUACGGAAAUUCAGUACCAUGCCAUUCAUGUUCUGUAACCUGAACAACGUUUGUCACUUGGCAUCUCGAAGCGAUUUCAGCUACUGGCUGAGUACACCAGAGAGCAUGCCCAUGGAUAUGGCACCCAUCACAGGAAGAAACAUCAAGAGAUAUGUCAGCAGAUGCUCUGUAUGUGAAUCAUCUACACAAGUAAUUGCUGUGCAUAGUCAAAGCACAGAGAUACCAGAAUGCCCAGUAGGAUGGGAAGGAUUCUGGACUGGAUACAGUUUCUUCAUGAAUACUGAUUCUGGUGCGGAAGGAAGCGGUCAACCUCUGUCGUCUCCAGGUUCAUGCUUAGAAGAAUUCCGACCAAAUCCCUUCAUUGAGUGCCAAGGUCUGGGAAGAUGCAACUAUUACACGACAGCCUACAGCUUCUGGCUAGCAGUUAUUGAUCACCAUAGACAAUUCAACACUCCAGAACCUAAGACUCUAAAAGCAGGAGACUUAAAAACACGCAUCUCGCGAUGCAGAGUGUGCAGACGUGUACCGCCGUAUGGAUCAUAAUAUGGUACACACGAUAAUUUGAUAUGUACAGAAAUUAAAUUAACUUUUUGGUACAUAAGAAGAGUUUUAAGAUGUGCUUUUGAAUUGAACUUUCCAAACUUUAACUUGUAAGUAAAGGGAUGGCUAACCUUGCUUGAAAAUUUGGAUUCAACAAGACCAGUAUGCAGCUCAUUUUGCAGAAAGAAUCAAUAAUGUUCUAGAAAAGAAUGCAAGCCAUUAUUAGUUAAGUCAUAUCUUUUUAGGGUGCUUUUCUGAGAAAAAAGGCCAUAAAAAGAAAAGGAAAUUAAGUAUGGAUAUUGUUUAAAAUGAAGAAUAUAUUUUGAAAACCAUAAAUAUAAUUUUGUUUUUAAAAAAUAAUUACAAAUAAUGGAAUAGAAUACCUUUUAUAACAACAAAUUAAUGAAUAGUUAUAUAUAGUUCUGCAGAAUUAUAUAUAUUCUGUAUUUUUAAUUAUAUAUAUAAUUGCAUAUACAAAUAUUUGUGCCUUUGUAAAAAAAAAGUGCCUUUUAUUUUUUUAAAAUUUAUUAAUCGAAAAGAUAUUUGCAUUUUUAUUGAAUAAGUGAUGUAUAGAAUCAUGAAGAUCUCGGUAUACCAUCUAGUGAUGCAUAAAAAUGGACACUUGUAGGGGAAAAAAAAUGAGCUAUGGUUUGGUGAAUGACUAUAUGAAAAAUGGUGCUAUCUUGUUUAUCACUGCCAUAAAAGCAAGAAAAUUUUUGUCACAAACUUUUUAAUCUGCAAUUGAAAAAUUGCUUUUCAGAUGCCUGCAGAUUAUUUGUGAUGUGUAUGACUGCCAGAUGAAUAUUAGAAUUAGUAACUGUCUUUUUAUUAAAAGAAAUUUUCAAUCUU